AUGCGAACUCGAUCGAGUCGGUCAACUGAAGACUUGGUCGAGCUAGACAUUACAACGGGUAGAAAGAGGGUUCAGAGGUCACAGAGGGUACAAGAGGAACCUGAGGUGCUUGUUGCUGAUACAAUGGAUGUACCAGAGGGGAAUGGAAACCCUUUGGGUAAUGGACUCGGUCGAGCUAGGCAAACUCGACCGAUUGGUCAAGGAGAUGCUCCAAACCGCCACCAACAGAGACAAGGGAUUGUUCCACCACCAGUGCAGAACCACAACUUUGAGAUCAAGCUGGGAAUGAUCAACCUUGUCCAGAACAAGAUGUUCCAUGGAUUGCCAAGUGAAGACCCCAUUGACCACCUUGAUGAGUUUGAUAGGCUUUGUGAUUUGACAAAGAUCAAUGGUGUCUCUGAAGAUGCCAUCAAGCUGAGACUCUUUCCUAUGUCUCUAGCUGACAAAGCUCACCAAUGGGAGAAGAGCUUGCCCCAUGGCACAAUCACCACUUGGGAUGAAUGCAAGAAGGCCUUUCUUGCUAAGUUUUUCUCCACCGGUCGCACAGCCAAGCUUAGAGGAGAGAUAUCCAGCUUCAUCCAGCGAAACAAUGAGACAUUCGCAGAGGCUUGGGAGAGGUAUAGGGAGAUGCUAGACACAGCUAGCAAUGGGAACUUCCUCAACCAGGAUGUAGAUGAUGGCUGGCAACUUGUGGAGAACAUAGCUAACUCAAAUGGAAGCUAUGGAGAAGAGUAUGAUCGCACCAACCGGAGCUCGACCCACCACUCGAUCGAGUCAGACGAAAAGUUGAGAAAAGAUGUUAAGGCAUUGAAUGAGAAGUUGGAUAAGCUGAUCCUAGCUCAGUCCACAAUGAAGAAAGUCAACUUUGUGUCUGCUGAGGAGAUGGAACCAGUCCAAGAAGGGGAGGAUACACAAUUUGCUGAGGUGUGCUACAUGAGCAAUGGGCAAGGAGGUUACAACAAAGGAUACUAUAAUUACAAGUCCAACCCUGCCAUGUCAUACCGCAACACUGAUGUUGCUAACCCUCAGGACCAAGUAUAUCCUCAACAACAAGCAGCUCGAUCGAGUCAGGUGCCACAACAUGGGUAUGGUCAAAAGAACAAUUACCAAGGACCACAAGGCACUUUCCCUGGACAACAAAUGAAUAUCCCACCAGGCUUCCCCCACCAACCGCCCCAGCCUGCACCUUCACAAGAGAAUGAGCUCAAAGCAAUGCUAAAGCAACUACUUCAAGGGCAAGCUGAUGGGGUAGUGGACACAAGCAAGAAGCUAGCUGAAAUAAACUCUAAGAUCGAGAACCUCAACACAAGGGUUUACUCUCUGGAGAAUCAUGCUUCUUCUGUUGCUGCUGCUACAAAGCAAGGACAACUACCUGGUAAAGCUAUUCAGAACCCCAAGGAACAGUGCAAGGUCAUCUUCACUCAAGAAGGACUUGUUGAAGAAGAGGAUCACACUACAAGAAUUCAGUGA